UUAGUUUAUUUGAGAUUUUGUAAAUACACUUUUAUGUAAAUUUCUCUUAGGCAUGAUAAUUUUAACCGUUUCGAUUUAUCAUUCAAAAUUAAUUAAUUCCAAUCUUAUGAUAUAAAGUUUGGUUUUUCAAAGUUAUUUUUUAAAUACUAAACAAAGAUAAUAAUAGCAAAAAACUAUUUGAUGGUUUUUAGUUGACAAUAAUUUUUCUUUUAAUUAUUUGUAGUCGAACUUAAUUUUAUUGUUUUAAUUUCAUUGUACCAAUGACUAUCAUUAAAAAAGUAGUUAGGUAAAAUGUAUUGAGAAUCUGAGAUUAUUAAAUUUCCGAACUUUUCUGAUUUAAAAAGAAAAAAAAAGUGUCAAAGAAAUUGAACUACAUCUGAUUCACUUGAUGCUAAUUAAUUUCUUACUUGUCCAAUAAGAAAUCAACUCCAAGCCUUAUUAAUAACUAAAAAAUUUCACUCCUUCCCAUUUCACUAUAAAUACGACACCAUGCUCUCGUCUCCUACAUCACAAAAACACAAUCUUCAGUUCCAAAAAUCGUUUUCCUCUCUAAAACAUUAACAUUUAAACUAAUCGUGUUUUUCCCCGAUAAUGGAAGCUAAAGAUACGGCGGCACCUCCUCUCCGUAAGAUCAUCUCCGUCGCUUCCAUCGCCGCCGGUGCACAGUUCGUGUGGGCCCUACAGCUCUCUCUCCUGACUCCUUACGUACAACUUCUCGGUGGCCCUCACAAAUGGUCCGCUAUCAUCUGGCUCUAUGGUCCCAUCUCCGGCAUGCUUGUUCAACCUAUCGUAGGUUACUCUAGUGACAGAUGCACGUCAAGAUUCGGUCGCCGCCGUCCUUUCAUUGCCUCCGGGGCCGCCUUUUACGCCUUCGCCGUCUUCUUGAUCGGUUACGCGGCUGAUAUCGGUUACAAAAUGGGAGAUAAGCUCGAGCAAACGCCGAGGGUACGAGCCAUAGCGAUCUUCGCUGUCGGGAUCUGUUUCCUCGACGUGGCCAGCGACACUCUCCAAGGACCUUGUCGUGCUUUCUUGGCCGACUUAGCCGCAGUAGACGCUAAAAGAACGCGAGCCGCAAACGCGUUUUACUCUUUCUUUAUGGCGGUUGGAAACGUUUUGGGAUACGCGGCUGCUUCUUAUACGAACCUACACACAUUGUUCCCGUUCGCGAUGACAAACGCUUGCGACACCUAUUGUGCUAAUCUCAAAAGCUGCUUCCUCUUGUCUAUAAUACUCCUCCUCAUCGUCACCGUCACGUCUCUUUGGUACGUUAAAGACGAGCAAUGGUCUCCCCCGCCGGUGAACCCCGACGAGGAGAAGACUGUGAGUGAUGAUGCUUCCUUUGGAGAAAUUUUUGGAGUUUUUAAAGUAAUGGAACGUCCCAUGUGGAUGCUUUUGAUCGUCACGGCCCUUAACUGGAUCGCAUGGUUCCCGUUUCUUUUUCUCGACACUGAUUGGAUGGGUCGUGAGGUUUACGGUGGAAGUUCCGAAGGAGACGAUAGGAUGAAGAAACUGUACAGCCAAGGAGUACACUCUGGUGCGUUGGGACUUAUGUUUAACUCUAUUGUUGUUGCUUUCAUGUCACUUGGUGUUGAGUGGAUUGGUCGGAAAGUGGGUGGUGCUAAACGGCUUUGGGGAAUUGUGAAUUUUAUACUCGCCAUUGGUUUGGUUAUGACGGUUCUUGUUACAAAGUUGGCGGCGGAUUAUCGGAAAACAGCCGGUCCUUAUGCCGAACCGUCACCUGGUAUUAGAGCUGGAGCGUUGAGUCUCUUUGCUGUUCUUGGUAUCCCAUUAGCUAUUACUUUCAGGAUUCCGUUUGCACUAGCCUCCUCCACAAUUUCAAGCAGCUCCGGCGCUGGCCGAGGAAUUUUAAAUCUGGCGAUUGUGAUACCACAAAUGAUAGUAUCACUGGGAGGAGGACCUUUCGACGCCUUAUUUGGCGGUGGAAACCUACCAGCAUUUAUUGUGGGAGCAAUUGCAGCGGCGACCAGUGGAGUAUUAGCGUUAACCGUUUUACCUUCACCGCCAUCAUCAAAUAACAAAAAAAAGAAUGCAUAAAGUUAAAGUCUAAUAACCUUCGGUUGUCAAAAAAAAAGGAAAAAAAAAGGUUGUAUGUAUUUUCACCCUUCACCUAGUUUAUUGUUCUUGUUACCGAUUAUCAAUUUAAAAUAUAUUUUUUUCUUACU